GUACUAGCAUUGUGGAGGUUCAUUACAUGGCGGAUACGCUACGUGUAUCUGGGUGAGAAAUUACCCGGCCCCAAAUGCUGGCCGUUUAUAGGGGGAGUUCUCAACAUUCCUUCAUUUACUACCAAAGGUGUAACAGAAUUCUUCUUGGGAAUUACCCAGGAAUUUGCUUUUAAAAAAUAUCCUGCUCGAAUGUUUCUUGGGCCUUUAUUAUUUGUUUACACAAGCAGUCCAAAAGAUAACGAGAUGAUUUUAUCCGGAUACAAAUUUAUCCACAAAGGACUUCUGUACAAAUUUUUUCAUCCGUGGUUGGCAACAGGCUUACUCACUUCAACCGGAGAAAAAUGGCGCACCCGUCGGAAGGCGCUGACGCCCGCCUUCCACUUCAAGAUCAUCGACCAGUUCGUGCCGGUCUUCAACAGCUGCAGCGACGUCUUCGUGCAGCAGAUGCGCGCGCGCGUCGGGGCCAAGGGCUUCGACGUCUGGGAGGACGUCAAGCUGCUCACGCUCGACGUCAUCUGCGAGACUGCCAUGGGCUUCAAAAUUAAUGCACAGAUUGAUAGUAAUUCUGAGUAUGUGACUGCAUUGAACGAGCUGCUGGCUCUGACAGUUCUAAGGAUGAUGAAACCAUGGUUGUUCUUUGACUGGAUCUAUUGGCUCACACCUUCUGGCCGACAAUACAAAAAAUGUCUACCCAUUCUGCACAAUACAACUGAUCGGAUGAUCCGCGAGCGGAGGAAGGAACUGCUACUGUUGGAGAAAGAAGGCGGAACUCUGGACGCCGACGAACUUGGACGGCGGCGGCGCUUGGUGUUUCUGGACCUUCUGAUCUUGAUGGCGCGCGACGGAAGUCUCUCAGACAUGGACAUCCGCGAGGAGGUGGACACCUUCCUCUUCGAGGGACAUGACACUACAUCAUCUGGAAUCGCAUUCGCCAUUUUUCUGCUGUCGAAACAUCCUGAUGUCCAAGAAAAAAUAUAUGAAGAACUGGAGAGCAUCUUUGAUACUUCUAAGCCGAUAAGUCCGACAAUUUCCGAACUAUCAGAACUGAAAUACCUGGAAAUGGUAAUUAAGGAAUCUCUACGAUUAUAUCCACCAGUGAUUAUGAUACUUCGAAGUAUUCAGCAAGAGGUCGUACUUCCUGAAAGUCAGCGCUUCGCCAUGCUGGAGAUGAAGAACGUGCUCGCGAAGCUCGUGUGGAACUUCCGAGUGCUGCCGGAGCCCGGGUUCGAGCCCUCGCUGGUGUGGGAGGUCAUUCUCAAGUCGCAGAACGGACUGUUCGUGCGCCUGGAGGAGCGACAGCGGGAGUCGAAAUGAAGACUCCAGGUUUUGAGAAACUUCACACCCCAUGCCGCGCAGUAUUUAGACGAGACAACCGACGGCGCGACGCAAACAAUUGAGCAAUUGCUCCGCGACGCAAUGGUGAACAAUCCAACCGAUUUAGCUGGAACAAUACCUAGAGAUUCAACUCAACAGUUAUGAGCCCAAGAAAUUGAAAAGAAACUUGGAAAAGCCAUUAAAACAAAAAUGUGAUAUUUAGCAACGUCAUUGUAGUGUGAAAUAAAAAUGUUUUAAUUCAUCACAGUCAUGUUUAUUUCAGAACAAAUUAUCAAAAACACUAUUCUUCCUUAUUCUAGUAUGAAACAGCUCAACUCAAAGUAGGAAGUCAUAGAUAUUUAUGGGGGGUUUAGUGAUUUAUCAAUGGCCUUCACUGGUGGAGUUCCUCUGUAUCUUUGUGCAAUAUUAAACAAACCGUUGCUUCAAUAUCUUCGUUUAAAUCCAAAACAAAGUGAAACAAGUGAGCAAUUUCCUUAUAUUCUAAAAUAACUAUUAUUAAAUAAAAAAUAAAUAAAUCAUAUCUUUCAGCCGUUACUUUUAGCAUUCACUAGUUAAGACAUUAACAUUGAUAAUCUAUUUAAACAAAUAAGAUUCUUUUAACAUUACAUGUUUUCAAAUGUUUUAAAGCUGUCUCAAAUAACCCCUGGUCACCUAACUUUCAAAUUUGCCUUUUCCAUUCUUUCUUCUACGUUCGAGUAAAAUUCAACAGAACAUUUGGAAACAGUUACAUGUAACAAAGGAAUUUUCGUAUAGGCAAUGCAAAUCGCGCAAGGAAGUAUGAACAAGCGUUUUUCUAUUCCCAUUGUAUAAUUAUGUCAAAUGAUGUCUGCAAGUCGUUGCAUAAUGAUUUUCACUACGUUACAGAUUUCAUUAUGAUACAUUUUCUUGACCAAUCACAGAUACGUUAACAAUCCAGGUAAUGACAUCUAAUCAUUGAGAAUCGCUCUACUAAAUGUUUCGUUCGAUUGUGUUAAUCAAAAUUGCAUUUAAUAUUACAUUAUG